ACGAGAGAAGUGUUAACUCUGUGGAAAUGAGCCAGGUUAAGCCACCCCCUUCAGACCAGCCAUCGCACGAGAAUGACAGCGAGAUGCCGGGGUUCGCAACGGCCAAUGACAGAGGGAAGCGCUCCGUCGUUAGUUUCACCGGUGGCGACCGGGACGCCCUCGAUGACAUCGGUGCAGAAGCGACGCCGGAGUCCGAUAAACCUCCCCCGUAUAGCAGCAUCAGGCACAAGGUCAGUGCCUAUUCCAUCGAUUAUGACCCACACUUAAGACGUGACAUCGACCAGCCUAUCUCAUACUUGGCGGCACUGGUGCACGUAUUUAAAGGCAGCUUGGGCACGGGCAUCAUGGCGGUGCCGAAUGCUUUCAUGCACUCUGGCUACGUCACCGGUGUGAUCGGGACGCUGUUUGUGGGCGUGCUGUGCACCUACUGCAUGCACAUGCUGGUGAAGGCGCAGUACGAGCUGAGCAGGCGGCGCCGCGAGCCCAACCUCACCUACCAAGAGACGGCCGUGGCGGCCUUGGAGGAUGGGCCGCGCUGCCUGCGCCCUGUGGCGCCUUACGCCGGGCAUGUUGUGAACGGCUUCAUGUUAGUGCUACAACUGGGAAGCUGCUGUGUCUACGUGGUGUUCAUCAGCACCAACAUAAAGGACGUUGUGGACGUGUACUAUAGUGGGCUGGACCUGAGGAUCUACAUGUUAAUUUUGUUGCUGCCACUCAUACUGAUAAACAUGGUGCGCAACCUGAAGCUCCUGGCUCCAUUCACAACGCUGGCCAGCCUCCUGACCGUAGCAGGGUUCGGGAUCACCUUCUAUUACCUGGUGAUCGGCUCGCCUACUCUCGACGACAAACAGCCAUUUGGAACGUUCGAAGAAUUUCCUCUCUUCAUCGGAACGGUUCUCUUCUCACUAGAGGCGAUUGGAGUUAUUCUGCCACUAGAGAACAGCAUGAAAUCACCAAAGAAAUUCCGUGGAACAUUUGGAGUGCUUAACGUUGCCAUGGUUCUCGUCGUCACUCUGUUCAUUGUAACCGGUUUCCUUGGUUACAUGCAGUAUGGGGAAUGUGCAGAAGGAAGCAUAACGCUUAGCCUGCCCAAGGAGGAAAAACUUGCACAGUCUGUUAAAAUAAUGUUGGCUAUUGCAAUUUUCAUAACACAUAGUCUCCAGAACUAUGUGAAUAUUGAGAUCGUGUGGAAUGGUUACCUUGUUGAAAAGUUUGAGAAACAUCCAUAUAAAAUGGUUUUUGAAUAUCUCACUCGCAUUUUUCUUGUCACUGUUUCAUUUGCUUUGGCAGUAGCAGUUCCAAAUUUGGAGCUAUUUAUAUCUCUGUUUGGUGCACUCUGCCUGUCAGCUAUUGGUAUUGCUUUCCCAGCCAUAAUAUAUUGCUUUAGCAUCUGGAACCAAGAAACAACUCGAUUCAAGUUUGUCUUGUUGAUAAUGAAAACUGGUUUCAUUGUCUUGUUUGCUGUGCUGGGACUUGCUUUAGGAACUUACACAUCACUUUUAAACAUUGUCAUUGAAUUCAGCUGAUAUCACUGAAGAAUUCACUGAAGAAGGUACAAUGGCAGAGGUGUUGUCAUGGCUGUGAUUGAAAGUGAAUAGGUUUAAGCAGGAGUAAUCAAUGAUUGUUUCUCCUUAUGCAAUAUGGUGUUCAAGAAACUGUCAGUUACAUAUACAUGUCAUAAGUUUGUCUGCUAAGUGAGCAGUGAAAGUAUGAGUUCAUGGGGCACAUACAGAUCCAAAGAUGGUUCUAAACUGAGACAAUAUAACAAAAGAUGCACAUAGAAAGUAGUUACCAUAUUCAUAGAACAUCUGAGGUGCUUCUAUAAAUGGGUUUCAGGUGUUAUAAAAGUAAGUUCUAAAACCUGUGCUCUAUGAAAGAAUAAUGAAUUCAUUCUAAAAACCAUAGCACAAUUACAUGUUAUGGAGAACUGGAUUAUAAAAGAUUCACUUUUAAAAUGUACAUUAUGAUAAAUCAAGUCAACACUAGAUGAAAAUUUCAAUGUAGAGUGUAGUCAUCACCAGCACACAAAAAUAGUUAUUGUGUUCUUGUGAGCACAUUUCCCUGAAGAUCUGCCAUAAAGAAAUGCUUUCAGUGACCCUAAUCUUAUACUGAAGUCUCUGCCUAAAUGAAAAUUUCCUCUGUAAAUAAAAUGUAUAUAGGAUUGUCAUAGAAUAUUCUCUAAAGUCUCAGAUGAACAAAAAUAUAUGUUUUUGUUCCAUUUUACUCAAAGACAGCAAUAUGAUACAUCAUCAGUAUGCAAGUGUAAAUGCUCAUGACCUCAGCAUCUAAAAAAUACUUCCAUUAUGGAGUAAUCAUAACAUAUCAAAAGUUAAUGACUAAUUUGACAGUAUAAAUUAUCAAAUGUAUGAAGAAGUAACUGUACCAAGUGUACACCAAUAUAAAUUUCAAAUUCACUAUUUAAGUUCAUUGCAAGUCACAUUAAAUGGAAAGGAAAUAUACACUGCAGCUCCAUCAAAUAUUUGUGAUUUAGAAUGAUAAUAAUAAAAAUUCUGAACUGGAGAACUUGGAAACCUAUCAGAAAAUUUACCAGUUACUAUCAUUUUUAAUACAAAACUGAAGGCCGUUAACAUAUAAAUAGUCUGUAAUUAGGUGAAUACUUUGUCAGAGCCCUAACAAUAAUACACAUGAUAAUGACAGAACUAUUAAUAAGAAAGUAUUAAAUACCUAAUCAUUGUAUUAAUAAGCUUUCAAUGUAACUGUGAAAUUUCUGUUACAUAUUAAAUAGUAUUUUACAAAUACUACUCUUUGUUUGUGACUGUAACAACGAAUGUUUCUAUCAGUAUAUAGGAAUGUUUGUUAAUUUUAAACUCCCUUAAUUGAAAAGGAUGUAAUCUUAGUCUUCCUGUGGGAGAAUUUAUUUAUGCAACUGCCCAGUAUUAUGACUGACUGGCAUAAAUCGUCAGUAUUACACAUUUUAGAGUGAAACUUGAUGUACUGCCUUUAAUUAAUGGUGAUGAUUGUCAACAUAGAAAGCUAUAUAACUUUCAUUAUCAGUAGAAUG